GUUAAGAACGCUCCGCCUCAGUUUCCUGGCGACUGUCUGGAGAGAGAGCGAGGAGGAGGAGGAGGAGGAAAGGGAGGAGACAUUCCCUCACUGUCCACCACCUCCUUCCUUCACAGUCAACAGGAAGACUGCAGGCCGCUCACACAAAAAACAACAUGAGCAAGAACCAGAAAGAAGUGAAGAAGAUCCAGUCUGCUUAUCUGCAGACUGUGGAGAAGCACAACCAAGGAGCCAAGCCAGAGAAGAAAAGCUGGAAGGCCAAGGAAGGAGAGUUUGCCUCGCUGAGACCACCCCCAGCUAAUAGGAUCAGCAGAGACCUGACCUGCUCCAUCUGCCUGGACCUCUUCAAGCAACCCGUCUCCCUGCCCUGCGACCACACCUUCUGCCAGGGCUGCAUCGUGGGCUACUGGGCCGGGCCCCGGGGUCACAGCCAGGGGGCCACGGGCUCCUGCCCCCAGUGCAGGAAGGUGUACCCGGGUCAGAGCUACAGACCCAACCGCAUCGUGGCCAACAUCGUGGAGAGCUACUGCCAGGGGCUGGAGGAGAGCGGGAGAGUGGAGCCCGCCCCGGUGGAGAAGGCGCCCGCCCCGGCCCCGGCCCCGGCCCCGCGCUGCGGCCGACACCGGGAGGAGCUGAAGCUGUACUGCGAGGACGACCAGGAGCUGGUUUGUCUGGUGUGUGGACUCUCGCAGGAGCACAGGAACCACACUAUGGUGUGUGUCCAGGACGCAGAGCAAAAGUACAGGGCGUCCCUGAACAGCUCCAUGGACUCCCUCAAAGCUGAGCUCAACACGGCGCUGCAGUGUGAUAGGGAAGCUGAGGAGGAAGUCAAAAAGCUUAAGGACCACACAGCUGACCUGAAGCAGCGGAUCGAGACCCAGUUCAGCGACCUGCACCAGUUCCUCUACCAGGAGGAGAAGAUGCUGCAGGUGAAGCUGAAGACGGAGGAGCGCCGCGAGCUGAUCCGCCUGGACGAGCACAAGGCCCUGCUGUGCGUGGAGAUCUCCCGUCUGCAGAGAGCCUUGCAAGACAUCGAGGACAAGCGGCGGGAGCAGGACCCCUUCACUCUACUGCGGAGCAUCAAAGUGUGUCUGCAGAGGCCGCCGCUGAAGUUCGAGAAGCCAGUUUUUACGCCUCCCAGCCUGUGUGAAGGACGCUUUGCAGGGCCCCUGCAGUACAGAGUGUGGAAGUCCAUGAAGAGCACUAUUUACCCAGUGCCAGCAGCCAUCACCUUGAACUCCAGCACGGCCAACCCUUGGCUGAGCCUCACCUCCUCACUCACCUGCGUCCGCUACCAGACCUUCAACCACGGCGUGGAAGACAACCCCAAUAGGUUCAACGCCGCCCUGUCGCUGCUGGGGAGCCAGGGCUUCACCCACGGCCGCCACUACUGGGAGAUCGAGGUCUACAGCAGCACCGUCUGGACCGUGGGCGUGGCUCGGGAGUCGGUACCCAGGAAGGGGGUCAUCAAGGCUCUUCCGGCUAACGGCUUCUGGACCCUCUCGCUGUCGUACGGGAUACAGUACAUGGCGGGCACGUCCCCGCCGACCGUCCUGUCCCUAGAGGAGUCGCUGGCCAGGAUCGGGGUGUACUUGGACUACAAAAGAGGCCUGGUGUCUUUUUACAAUGCAGAAACCAUGACACACCUGUACACCUUUAGGGAGAGCUUCAUGGAGACGCUCUACCCUUACUUCAAUCUGGGAUUCCUGGAUAAAGUGCACGAGAAUGAGCCUCUUAAAGUUUUCUUGCCAAAAAUCUAGGUUUUUUUUUGUACAGAACGUAGAUUUAGCUUAAGUCUGUAGACUGGAUCUACGGCUGCAAUGUUUGGAAUAUUAUAUAUAUU